AAUUAACUCUAAUAAUAAAAUUACAUAUAUUAAUACCAGUUCCAAUCUUCCCUCAUCCCGUUAUUUCUCGUCGCAGUCACACAGUUCAUAAAGAGCAUUUGUCAAAAGAAAAUCCCGAUAUUUUCCCGAGAAAUCUUGCCAAACAAAGAAAAAAAAGGAAAAAUGGAGUUAUGCCCUACAAUUAAGAACAUCCUUCUUUUGGAUUCCGAAGGGAAACGUAUAGCUGUUAAGUAUUACUCAGAUGACUGGCCAACGAAUGCUGCUAAGGAAGCUUUUGAGAAAGCUGUGUUUACCAAAACCCAGAAGACUAAUGCUCGAACUGAAGCUGAGAUAACAAUGUUUGACAACUAUAUUGUUGUAUACAAGUUCGUUCAAGACCUUCACUUUUUUGUUACCGGAGGUGAAAAUGAAAACGAGAUCAUCUUGGCCACAGUGCUCCAGGGAUUUUUUGAUGCUGUUGGACUCCUCCUUAGAGGCACUGAGGACAAAAAGGAAGCAUUGGAGAACUUGGAUCUUAUUUUGUUGUGCCUCGAUGAGAUUGUUGAUGGCGGUAUCAUUCUUGAAACUGAUGCAAAUGUCAUUGCCGGAAAAGUUGAUAGUCAUAGUAUGGAUGCCGGAGCUCCUUUGUCCGAGCAGACAAUAACUCAAGCAUUGGCUACCGCUCGUGAACAUCUUACGAGAUCUCUCCUCAAGUAAAAUGUGUUUACAUUGAACCAAACGAGAUAAGCUUGACGGUACUAUCUUUCCGUAAUGAUACUGUAUUUGAUAUGUUUUAGGAUAAUUUUUGUGCCUUGUUUUGAAUGCGAUAGAACUGAAUAUAUACUUGCGGCGGAUGUUGUUUACAUUGAUGUUAUUGCAAUGCUGUGCUUUCUUGA